AUGCUGCAAGAUGUACCUGCACAGAUCGAAAUGGCCAAGACCGAAGUUUUGCCAAAGGUAUGCCCAGUAGCUAUUGGCGAAGGGCACCUGGACUUCAAAGCUAUGGAUUUCUUUUCGGAAUCACCAGUCAAAGACUGUGAUGUAUACUUCGUAACUGAAAAAUAUUUACAUAACUGGACGGACGAGGAAUGCAAAACGAUUCUAACGAGUUUGGUGAACGCCAUGUCGUCGAAUAGUCAUUUGUUAAUCAACGAUUAUAUUAUUCAGCAUGUGAAUAGAGACAGGAACACCUCUGAAUCAGCAUUAGGUCUUAGGCUGGCACCGGAGCCUCUGUUUCCACACUAUGGUGCAGGGCGCAUGACCCGGUACAGCACGGAUCUGGACAUGACGUUCACUUACAACAGUCAGGAGUGCACUUUGGAGCAUUUCAUUGAACUGGGCCAGGGGGUCGGGCUGAAUGAAGGGGCGCCGACAUUGGGUCCAUCAGAAGGAUAUGCUAAUAACAUGAUUCGAGCAUACGUGUAG